AUGUAAUAAGACGAUAGUUAAACAUAACAAGAGGUAACCAAACCAAAAAAUAAGGUUAAGAAAAGCAAAGAGAAAUUAAUAAUAAAUGUUUCUAGUACAAAUUAUCUAUAUAUCUUCUUAUAGGUUCUUAAUACCCUGUGAUUAGAUAUGUUGGUAAAAAGAUGUUAAAUUGGAAGAUUUAAAAAGAAGAGAAUGCAACCAAUUGGGAUGUAUGGUGGACUGAUGGAGCAGUCUUUUCUGAUCUUUUAGGCAGAAUGAAUGGUAAUUAGUCAAUCAAACUAUUUAGCCCAUUAAAAAGUUAAUCAUUUCCCUGGAAUGUAUACCUUAGCUCGUAAAAACCAUUUGGGAAGGAACCUCAUGAAGAUGCAUAAAUAGUUUCCUUAAGCAUAUAAUUACUUCCCUUACACUUGGUUAUUGCCAGCAGAAUUAAGUGAUUUUAGAGCAAAUAUUGGCAAGAAUAGAACUUUUAUCAUAAAACCUGAAGCUUCAUGUUAAGGGAAGGGAAUAAUGUUAGUUAAGGAUGCUGAAGGUCUUUCGAUUCAUGAACAUUAUGUUGCUUAAAGAUAUUUGAGCAAACCUUAUUUAAUUGAUGGUUUAAAGUUCGAUCUUAGAAUUUAUGUAUUAUUAGCUGGUUGUGAUCCUUUAAGAAUAUAUAUUUUUAAAGAAGGUUUAGCUAGAUUUGCAACUGAGUAAUACAAGAAACCUGGUAAAGAUAAUUUGGAUAAUAUUUGUAUGCAUUUAACAAAUUAUGCUGUUAAUAAAGAUAAUGAAAAUUUUGUAUUUAAUUAGAGUGAUAAAUAAAUGGAUGUUGGACAUAAGAGAAGUAUGACUAGUGUUUUUGAAUUGCUAAAAAGUAGAGGUGAGAAUGUUGAUUAAUUAUGGAAUACAAUUAAAAAAAUGAUGAUUAAGACAUUUUGUGCUGUAUAACCUAUUUUAGCUCAUUAAUAUAAAUCUUGUUAACCAAAUAAUCAUAUGAAUAAUAUGUGUUUUGAAGUUUUAGGUAUGGAUGUUAUUUUGGAUCAUAAAUUAAAACCUUAUUUAUUAGAAGUUAAUCAUUCACCUAGUUUUACAACUGAUACUCCAUUAGAUGCAACCAUAAAAAGAUAAUUGAUUUCAUAGUCUUUGAUUUUAAUGAAUUGUACUCAAAAGGCUAAAUAGGAAAUUAUAAAUUAAGAAAAAUAAAUACUUUAAUAAAGAAUGUUGACAAAUAAACCAACUAAAUUGACUUUUGAAGAAAAAUAAAAGUUAAUAAAAUAAUGUUAAGAAAUUAGAGAUUAAUAUGAAAAUUAGAAUAUUGGAAAUUUUGAAAAAGUCUAUCCUUUAGAAUAAUAUGAGGAAGAGUAUGAUAAAUUUAUAGAGUAUGCAGGAAUAUUAUAUUAAGAAUCUACAGGAGCAAGUAAAAUUAUCAAAUAUAAUUAGAUAUAAAAAAGAUAUAAUAAUAAUAAUAAUAAUAAUAAUAAUAAUAAUAAUCAUUUAAAAGAAUUGAAAAACCAGAAAUAAAAUCAGAAUAUACAUUAAGAACUUUAGAAUAAAAAUCAGAUACUAAAAUUUUAGAACAAAAAACAGAACUUAUUAGAUUAAAAAGUGAAAAAUCUUCAGGUAUGAAAAGAAUUUUAAAAAAAGAGCAUUCAACAACUCUUUUAACUGAUGAUACUAUCAGAAACAUGAAAUUUACUGGUUUAAAACCUUAAUAAAAAGCUAUUUUAAAAUAAGAUAUUAUAAGGAAGAACUUCAAACUUCCUGUCAGUUAAGGUACUUUUAUAACACCUAAAUUAUUUAUGAUUAAUGAAAAUAAUAAAAAUAGCAAUAAUCCUUUUUGA